GGACCCUUUUAGCAGCUGUAUUUCCUGCUUGCAGUAUCCACUCGAAGCCAUGGCAGAAGUGAAAGCUUCGUUGAUUUGUGGAGUUUUGGCGGCUUUCUUGAGUUCGACAGUGCUUGCCUUCGUGGAGGAUCUAGAUGACACAUUUAAAGAAACAAGAGUACAAGACAUCUGGCUGGUUGAUUUCUAUGCUCCGUGGUGCGGCUACUGUAAAAAGCUGGAGCCCAUAUGGCACGAAGUGGGGAUGGAGCUGAAGAGCUCGGGGUCGCCUGUUCGUGUAGGCAAGAUGGACGCCACAGCUUACUCAGGAAUGGCGUCAGAGUUCGGUGUCCGUGGUUACCCAACAAUAAAACUGUUGAAGGGGGAUCUUGCCUACAAUUACAAGGGACCAAGGACAAAAGAUGAUAUAGUGGAGUUUGCCAAUAGAGUGGCAGGGCCGGCUGUCCGGGCUCUUCCCAGCAAGCAGAUGUUUGAGCACAUGAUGAAGCGACACGACGUCCUUUUUGUGUACAUCGGUGGGGAGUCUCCCCUCAGGGAAAAAUACAGUGAUGCAGCAUCUGAGCUGAUUGUCUAUACGUACUUCUUCUCAGCUUCAGAGGAAGCAUUGCCAGAGUCGGUGGUUUUGUCAGAGCUUCCCACAGUCGCCGUCUUUAAGGAUGGAGGCUAUUUCACUUAUGACGAGUACGAAGAUGGUGUCUUGUCGUCUUGGGUGAACAAGGAGCGCUUCCAAGGAUACCUCCAGAUUGACGGCUUCACGCUGUACGAGCUUGGAGAAACAGGCAAACUGGUGGCGAUCGCAGUCAUUGAUGAGAAGGACUCCACAGAGGCGAGCAGCAGAUUAAAGACCAUGAUGCAGAGGGUGGCAAAGGAGUACAGGGAGCAUUUUAACAGAGACUUCCAGUUUGGCCACAUGGAUGGGAACGACUACAUUAACAGCCUCAUUAUGGGUCAGGUGACGGUACCCUCUGUGAUCAUACUCAACACGUCCAACGAGCAGUACUUCCUGCCCAGUGAGCCGAUUGAGAGCAUGGAGCAGCUGGUCCAAUUCAUCAGCGGUGUUUUGAACGGUUCUGCACAGGCAUAUGGAGGAGACGGCAUCUUUCAGAGGAUCAAACGCGUGGCCUUUGAGGCCAGGUCCACCAUUAUGUCGGUGUUUCGCAGCUCUCCACUGCUGGGCUGCUUCCUGUUCGGCCUACCGCUGGGCGUAAUUAGCCUGAUGUGCUACGGCAUCUGCACCGCCGAGUCGGAUGACGGCUCGGAAGACAUGGACGCGCUCAAGAGGGAGGGCCUCACCGACGAGGAGGAGGAGGAGGAGGACGAGGAGGAGGAGAGGCAGCACACCGCUGCGGUUGAAGGCCCAGAAGAAGAAGAAGAAGAAGAAGAGGAGGAGGAGGAGCAGGAGGAGGAGGAAGAUGCUGGAGAGAAAGAUCCCGAAGAGAAGAAAACUGAUUAA